UAUUCGUUGAGGGCCAUGUGACCAAGACCCUGAACUAUCUGGAGAUGAGUCCCCCAGGCGUCUUGAAACCUGGGCCAUAUGGCACUGCUUUGAAACCUCACUCACUCAACCCUGCCCGGAUAUUUUCCAGUGAGCCAUCCAAAGCUAAGCUGGAUCCAUACAGUGGUGCCAUGACACCCUGGGACUGGAGUAAGAACCAGACAGCAAUGGAACACUUCAACCAGCGGGCCAAAAGGAAGCCUUCCAUGAAAGCAGGACGUACCAAGAAAAUCUUUGGCUGGGGGGACUUCUAUUUCAACAUCAAGACCCUGAAGUUCAGCCUACUAGUGACAGGCAAGAUCGUGGAUCAUAUUAAUGGUACCUUCAGUGUCUAUUUCCGUCACAACUCCUCCAGUUUGGGCAAUGUCUCAGUGAGCAUUGUGCCACCAACUAAGGUUGUUGAGUUUGAUGUUUUGGUCCCCCCUAUCCAAACACAACACCUCCACCCCCAGCAGUCCACUUUAGCUGAGCCCAAGGAAUCCAAGACCUUCAACUGCCAUGUAGAGUAUGAGAAGACCAACCGGGCACGCAAGAACAAGCCUUGCCUCUAUGACCCCUCCAAGAUCUGCUUCACUGAGCACACGCAGAGCCAUGCUGCCUGGCUGUGUGCCAAGCCUUUUAAGGUCAUUUGCAUCUUCAUCUCAUUCUUCAGUAUCGACUACAAGCUGGUCCAGAAAGUCUGUCCAGAUUAUAACUUCCAGAAUGAGAAUCCCUAUUUUGGCUGAUGGGGGAACAGGGUGCUUUCGAGGGGAUGCAGGGAAGGGAGGGAUGUUUAAGUAAAUGGUGGUUUAUAUCAGGGUGACAGUCGGAGGAACUUUGAUGGAUGGUGAAAGACAGAAACAUACGCACACCCCUCUGUGCUUGGUGGAAAACAGUCACUGGUUCUGACUAGGAAUUGGAAGCACGUCCAUCAGAUAGACAUUCCCCUCCUAGUGACCACUUAACCUCCGAGGACAAUAGGAAAACGGAGAUUGUUACAAGAGACAACAUUGCUUUCAUGCACCACCUAUCUAUCCCUCUUUCUGAUGCCUCCUGGGGGUGUCUCAUGGGAGUUCCCAGCAAUAUGAAGAAACAGCUUGCUGAAUCUGUCUCUCUUUUGUGCAUAAAUGAACCCUGCUGCUCCUGUGGGGUUGUCACACUGACAAUGUAACCCUUUCUCCCAAGGACCUUGCCUCUCAUGUGGAAUGUAAGGGUGCUGAAUGGUAGCAACUGUGAGUGUCUUUGGGUCUCUCUGUCUAUGUCUGUCUCCCCUCUCCUUUGGGAUGAGUCACAAACCAUCAAUCUGAGGUAUGACUGAAGUUGUCAUUGACCUGAGGCUACAGGAAAGAUGUAUUGCCAGAUACCCUGGGAGUGGAUGAUGGCAUAGGAUAGAAACUGCCCACUUCAUGAACAUUCCUGUACCGACAGAACAUAAAAUAUAAAGCAGAAGGGAAAGACCACAUUAAAUUUGGGGGAUGGAUUAGCGUGGGGGGGGGGGGAUGUCAGCUAGCAUUUGAGUUGAGGAUAAAUAGAGAAGGGGCUUGAUGUGGCAAAGUUGUGCCACAUAGCUUUAAUUUGAGGGAAGCAGAAAGAAUGGUAGAUACACAAGUGCACCUUGAUAUAACAAAAUGGUAACUUCCUAGUGGGCGUGUUAAAAUAGAAACAUACAUUCUCAGCAGAGGCACGGCUGAGUGUUAAUAGAAAUCUAAGUAGGUGUGUAAGGAUGGUCAGAGUGAUUGAAAUUCAACAGAGGCGUGUCAGUAGAAACAAGUAGAUAGUGUGCAUAUGUGUACACAGCAUGGAGGCUCACAAGAACAUGUGCUACAUUUUGUAUAUGCUUGUGGCCUUAAUGACAUAUGUGUGCACAAGUGUGCUCAUUUGAGUAUAUAACUAGAAAUGUAUAUGCAUGUUAGCAACAAGUAACAAAAGUGUGUGAGAGUUUUAAUUGGGGCUGAAAGCUUUCAUUGAUUUAUUCAACAGAUUAGUCAACCAGAGAUUUAAUCACAGAUGGAAAUUUCUCCCUCUAAUUGAUCAGUGGGGUUUCAAAGAAGGGCACAACACUGAGUGUCUGCACAAGUGUACUAGCUCCCUUCUUUCCUGCGGAUAGAUUUUGCUUCCAGUUUACACCGAAAGAGAACCAGUAUUUCUCAUUUCAGGGUGAAAUGAGGGCUUUCCUGUCAGCAAUAAGAACCACUAAGCAACUGAGGCUGACAGUGCUCACUUGAAAACAACAUCAGUUUGUCUUUUAAAUCUGGAUCUUCCACCCUACCAGUGGGAUUUGAAGUUGUUCCUUUUAAAGCCAUUUUGGCUCCAGUGUGUUUCUGUAAUCAGAAAUAUUCUGCAUGGAAAAGAAAACAUAAAAGAUGGCCUUUUCUUUCUUAACAAUGAGAGGUAGCUUUUGGUUAUUCAAGUAUAAGUGAGCUCAUAUUUUAGUAGGAAGUCAAGCCUUCCUUGCUGAAACUUCAAAACAAAAGCACCUGUAAUUCUUUUUCAUGACUUGAGUAUCAAAACCAGAUGAUUAAUCAACAAAGACUUUAAAAAUAACAACAACAGUAGACAGCCCUAGUUUUAAUCUGUGCACAUGUUUGGGUGUGAAGAUUUCAUCAAAGACUAUGGCAACAUUUGAAAAGGAGCAUGUAUGUUAUCAGGAAUCUGAAUGCAUCAGUAGGGAGUACCUGCAUAUAAAGCUGUGAAUGUACAGCUGAGGUGAUGUUGAUAGGGAAGUCUGCAAGUGAUUUAUGAGCUGGUAGGGUGUGUUUUGUUUGGCUUUGUUUUGUUUGACUGUACAAGAAGAGACCAUACUCAUUUUGUAUAACAUAUUUAUUUUGAAUUCCCCCUGCACUGGUGACUGGUCAUGUUUGGAUGUUUCCUCUAGAACAAGUUAUCCUUAAAACAUCUUCUACAGUGCUCUUAAGUCACUCUCCUUGGCAUAUGGAGGAUCUGCGCUGUUUAAGUUUACCUGUGAACAGCUGGUACCUGGCUUGUCCUGCCUUCAGGCAGGUGGUGAUUCAGAUAGAUCAUUUUGAUCUGGCUACAAGGUAAAACUGGAUCUCUUCACAGUUCUCCAGGUGAUUUGUAGUAGAUGUGUAAGAACUGACUACUGAUUAAUUAUAGAAGAAUAAAAAUUAUUCUUCAAUUAUUGUUGAAAGUGUAGGUAGGAUAAUCAAGAUCCAGGAGUGUGAGCUUCAUUCAGUUCUGAUACUCAAAAAAAAUUUGUGGGCUUAGAAUUAAUUGAUUCUAAGUGUGCAGCUUUCAUACCAGGCUUCAGUGAAUUAUAGUUUUGUUUUUUAAAGUAGAUCCUGUCAUUCUAAUGUCUUGCUGUCGUUGGAUGAAAUGACAUUUGGGCUACUUCCAGAUCUAUUGUUGACUUUUCGUACAGCUUACUGGCCCCCUCCUACAUUCAUCCUUCUACUUUGAGGCUUUGAAAUCUAGUUGGGUGGAAAUCCAUAAACCAGGUGUGGAUGUACAGGGAAUGUAAUAUGCUUCCCUUUUGAAAAUCAACAUAUUUUCUGAUGUACAGCUACAAAAAUAGUGGUUUGAACUGUUUCAUGUCAAGAUGUAUAAGCAUGGAAUCACAUGCUUAAAUGUUUUUCAUAUUAAAAGAUACACUGUUUCUAUAAUUCUAGCCUAUUAAGUAAAAGAAUGAUUAUAAACCCCCCCACCACCAGUUUUUUAAACUUGUUUUUGGCCUAGUGUGACAAAGUAUGGUCCCCUGGGAUGUCAGUUUUUAAAAUACCAACAUUAUUCUUGCUGGAGUAAGUUUGUGAAGAAGUGCAGCCCUAUAAGGGCUCCUGGAGAUGUAAUGUGGUCCCCUAGUUUGCCACCACUCCUGGCCUAAAGGUAGGGUUUAUUCCCAUAAAGGUAACAAUAAAGUAUUGGGUUCUUUCCUGCAUUCCAAAGUACAGUCCAAAGAAAACAGUAUCAUGUGAUAUUUCAGAAUGUGUAGAUUAGCUCUUCAAAUAUCAAAGAUGAAAGAUUGCUUUUCAAAUUUGCAAGUCCAACCUUGAAGGCCAGAGACAGAUUCUUAGAGAAUGACCAGAAUUCUACCAUGCACCUUUUGUGAACAUAGCUUUGACCUAGAGUAAUCCAUUCCAUCAUCACCUACAAAACUUUGCUUCCAUGAGUCAUUCAUGAAACAUGUUAGGCAAGUGUCAGUGUGCAGUAUUCACAAAUGGUGAAUGAUGAACACAUGCUUAACAGCAGGUGAUGAAUUCUAAAAUAGGGUUGAAUUACAUACAACAAGUGACUGAUGUCUCUGGGACUUCUAUGAGUGAUGUUUACAAAGGAAAGGGGAAAAAAUCAUGUUAGAAUGCAUGAGUUGUAGACCAUGAAUCAAAGGCUUAUCUUGGCUGUGAAAGGGAAGGGAAGAAACCACAUGGCAUCUGCGUGACCAGUGGCAAAUCAUCCCAAGCCACAAUGUUCCUGUUUUUUGAGGUACAAGCUGUACUACUUACAUUUGCAUCCAGCUUGUUAUCAGACUGAAGUCAAAGUGGAAGAGUGGGCAACUGAGAAGAGUGGGCAGGCUAGUGUCACUCCCACUGGUUAGGCAUGUGUAGUCUUGUCUCUGACCACAUGAUAUGAAUGAAUCCUGGUACAAGACUGUUUUCAGGAGGUUCUGUGCACAUAAAUAAUUGUGUAAGUUUUUUUUUUUUACAAGAUCUGCUGUUUGUAUCUAUAGCUGUACAGAUAUGUUUUCGGUGUUAAGAACAAGCAGGGAUUUAUGACUGAGCCUGGGAGGACGUUAUGUAAAUGAUUGAUAUUUAAGGUACAAUUUCU